AUGCCGAAGCAGUAUCUCCCCCUCCUCGGAACGCCGAUCGCGCUGUACAGCCUGAAGAAGUUCGCGGAGAUGGACGAGGUCGGCGAGAUCGUCGUCGUGUGCGAUCCGUCCUACCGCGACGUCUUCGAGGAGUGCGCGGUGUCGAAACCGGUCAAGUUCGCGCUCCCGGGGAAGGAGAGACAAGACUCGGUGUUCAACGGUCUCUCCGAAGUGCGCGACGGCGCCGCGCUCGCCGCGAUCCACGACUCCGCGCGACCUCUCGUGUCCCUCGACGACGCGAGACGGUGUUUCCAAGACGCGAUGGAGCACGGCGCGGCGGUGCUCGCGGUGAAGUGCAAGGCGACGGUGAAGGAGGCGAACGACGACUUGUCCAUCGCUAAAACAUUGGACCGAAGUAAGCUGUGGGAGAUGCAGACGCCGCAGGUCAUCAAGCCGGAGAUUCUCAAGGAAGGGUUCAAGCUCGUGAACGAGAAAGGGUACGAGGUGACGGACGACGUGAGCAUCGUCGAGUUCAUGGGACGACGGGUGCAAAUCACCGAGGGGAGUUACGUGAACAUCAAGGUGACGACGCCGGAGGACAUGUUCAUCGCGGAGCGGCUCAUGAACGAAGACCAAUAG